AUUCAUACACCGUGCUAAUUCAAAUUAAAGCACAGUCAUUUUAUGCACGGCUGCAGGGUCCGUCUUUCUUGACGUCACACUCAAAUCAUUGAAUUCUAAAUCCAGUUACUAGUUACUUGACAGACCAGUUGAAACGCACAAAGCAGUGAUUGGACAGUUUCUACAGUUGCAAUACAUUAGCCAAUUGAAACACCAGAACGGCAAACCAGUUCCGUUAUUAUUCGCGCAUGCCCACAUAGCUUAAAAUAACCAACAUGGCUGACAAGCGAGGGGAUUCAGGAAGUGAUUCUGAUAGCACUGAAGAACCGGUUGUUGGAAAUGUCAACAAAUUUGCAGUUGUCCCACCAGGCUACAGUGGAAAACCAAAGAAAGGACAUCUCAUAUUUGAUGCAUGUUUUGAAAGUGGAAAUCUAGGGCGGGUAGAUUACAUCACAGAGCAUGAGUAUGACUUGUUUAUACGACCGGACACCUGCAACCCACGGUUCCGAGUUUGGUUCAAUUUUACCGUGGAGAAUGUGCGGUCGGACCAGCGUGUUAUCUUCAACAUUGUCAACUUUAGUAAGACCAAGUCCCUGUAUCGGGAUGGAAUGUCACCUCUUGUCAAAUCAACAAGCAGGCCAAAGUGGGUGAGAAUCCCGGCCAAACAUGUAUAUUAUUAUCGCUGCCCAGACCAUCGAAAGAAUUAUGUCAUGUCCUUCGCUUUCAACUUUGACCGAGAGGAUGAUGUCUACCAGUUUGGCUACUGUUACCCAUAUUCCUACACCCGAUUACAGAGCUACCUCGAUAACCUAGAGAAGAGAAACUUGGACUUCUUUAGCAGGGAACUACUUUGUCUGACCGUGCAACAACGCCGACUUGACGUGCUGACCAUCACCCACCCUGACAACCUGGAGCAUGAAGGGGAGGAGAAACAGAAGACUGUGUUCAUCACCGCCCGCGUCCAUCCCGGGGAGACUCCCUCAUCCUUUGUAUGUCAAGGUGUGAUAGACUUUCUGGUCAGCAACCAUCCAAUUGCCAAGAUCUUGCGGGAACACAUUGUGUUCAAGAUUGUGCCAAUGCUGAACCCUGAUGGGGUAUUCCUUGGGAACUAUAGGUGCUCUUUGAUGGGGUUUGAUCUGAACCGCCACUGGCUGGAACCUUCUCCAUGGGCCCACCCCACCCUGUACGCCACCAAGAACCUGCUGAUGGAGCUUGACAGAAGUGAUAAAUAUGAGGUGGACUUUUACAUAGACCUGCAUGCACAUUCCACCCUGAUGAACGGCUUCAUGUACGGCAACAUCUACGAGGACAUGGAGAGAUAUGAACGUCAGUCGGUGUUCCCCAAGCUGCUGUGUGCCAAUGCAGAGGACUUCUCCCUCGCCAACACAAACUUCAACAGGGAUGCCGUGAAGGCAGGCACCGGCCGAAGGACCCUGGGGGGCUGUAUGGACGAGAACGCCCACUGCUACACCCUGGAGGUGUCCUUCUUCAGCUACCAGACCAGCACCACCGGCCAGGCCAUGCCCUACACAGAGGAGGGCUACAUGAAGCUGGGCCGGAACCUGGCGCGGACAUUCCUGGACUACUACAAGCUCAUCGGCUACAUCAGCGCCAAGCCUAGCAGCAGCAUUGUCCCCAAGCCUGGGAUGUACCGACACCGGGAGCGCCAGAACAAUGACAGAGCAGUGUCAGAACCCAAUGGGAGGAACCCCCUAGAUGACACCAGGUACUACAGCCAAAGAUACGGAGAUAAAUCUAGUCGAGAAGAGAAGAGCUCCCGGCGAGGUGCCGACUACACCAUCAACAGCAGCAGCAGCGCCUUCUCCGACACGCCGACAUCCAUCAGACUACAACUAAAGGAGAGAGAUCGCAGAUUCUAAUCUGUGUAUGGAAUAUGACAGUAAUACAUGAUUAAUCAAAAUCCCUGACCUAGAUCCUCCAUGGUAGCUUCCAGUGUUCCUCCCGUCAUUCACUUGUGGGAUGUGAUACUGUAGCCAUAGAUUACCCAUACCCAUCAUGUUGUAAUCCAUUCCGGGUGUCACCACAGUGAAGUGACAUAGGUGACGUGGGUGAAAGCAACAUUUGAGUGACGGCAAUGUACGAGUGUCCAUUGCAAGUAGGGGAAUGGCAGUGUUAUUAAUGGCUGAUGGCCUUCUGUCUACAACCCUGAUGACAUGGACUUACGUAACAUAAUACCUGCCUCUGAUCUCUCGUUGAAGAUGCGUGCUGUAUAGAUGUAUGGGAGUGAUAUUGUAUCAGAAUAUGCAUGGGCCUGACAUCCAGCAGUGACUUUGAGCCCAGAAAUACAGGACAUGGUCAGAGUUCUUCAUAUCAAAUAGGUUUUUGAAGCUAGAGGAUACUAGGUAAUGAAUAGCAAGUAGUCACUGACGAAAGGGAUUUCCAACGGAGAACUGUUAGACUUCACAUUCCGAUUGAACAUCCUUUCAUGUUUCAAAUUAGCAUCAAUCUUGAAAUCUUUCACGAAAUUGUUAAGGAAGAUAGCUGUCCUGAGUGGCAGACUGAAAUAGGUUUCAGUGUGACAGAGUUAGCGUGAUCUUCAGUGAACAGAUUAAGAGGCCAUUUAUUCAGUGUCCAAAGUGAUGUCACCAAGGCGUUGACCAUCAGCUUCAGGACAAUUAAAGACCAAUGUUACCAAGGCUGUUGACCUUCACCUUCAGAACAAUUGAAGAUCAAUGUCACCAAGGCGUUGACCUUCACCUUCAGAACAAUUGAAGAUCAAUGUCACCAAGGCUGUUGACCAUCAGCUUCAGGACAAUUGAAGACCAAUGUUACCAGGACUGUUCAUCUUCAUCUCAACAUUUAUAUAGACAGAAAGGCCUAAGACGAAAAUUUAAAAGUUCAAAAGUUCAAAGUGAUUUCAGUUUUGAAGUAAACCAAGUUAUGAUCAUGAAUAUCAAAGAUACUUACUGUAUGUAUUUUUGUAUACAUAUUCAUCAAAAUCUAAGCCUAUGAAACAUUUCAUCAUGCCUCACAUCCCACUGAAUGAAGUUUGGAAAAUAAGUCAAUAUAGAUAUUUACUUCCUUAGUCCCUGCCAGAACACUAACAAAAUAUUAUUUUUUAGCAAAAGAGUAUUUUUAACCUGUGACUCAUUCUAGAUAUUAUUUUUCUAUUAUAUUCUUAGAACCAGAAGUUUUUUGCCAUUCUGAUCUUUUGGCAAUGAAAAUGAUUACAAAUCUGUUUUGACGGGAAUUCUGCGGCCUGUUACAUGGACUGCCGACACGGUACAAGCACUUGGGGCAUCCCGUCCUCCGUGAAAUAGUCUGUUGUCCCCCACAACGCCAGGGAUUGCAGGACUCUCUCAAAUGGUAGUCCAGAGUAGCCGCCUAUGUCACGGAACACUUGUCGCCAUGUGCAGGGGAGGAGAUGGCAAUAUAUUCUCAUAAACUUAAAAUAUCUGACAAUAUUUCAUGCAUAUUAAUUUAUGGAUUCAUAUUUAUCAUUGUCAAUCAAUACUACAGUACAGUAUAAUAACACAACAAAUAUUUGUUAUGUUAAAUAUAUUUUAGUUUUGAUUGACAUUGAUAAACAUGAAUUUAAUUAUGGUGGUUAAAUAAUAGAUAAAUGGUUAAAUAAUAUGUAAAAUAUUUAAAAAUAUUUGAAGCUUAUAUCAUAUUUUACCAUGAUAUAGAGGUAGCCAGUAUGCCUGUAUCUCUAUGCUUGUCAUUGUGAUAGUCCAGCAAGUGUUGUGUUGUUAAACUAGUAUUGAUCAAAGGGGAACAAAAUGUUAUUCUUGUAUAUUCCUCUAAGGAUGUGCCAACAAAAUGUUUUAUUUUAUUGUUUACACUUGGUUUCCUCACCAUCAAGACUGUCCGUCCACUUUUAGAAAGCUUAUAUUAUUUUACUACUUUUUUGUUUUCAUAAUAUUGCAUUAUGUUUUUAAUAUGUACAUAAUAUGACUAGACUGCAUAAUCUUGCACAAUUUUUGUGUGUUCAAGUUGCAUAUUCACACUCAAAUCGAAUAGCAGCCUUUGAGAUCUUCUUUUACAACUAAUAGUCCCACUGGUACAUUAUUGUAUUGCAUAGCUCAGGUGAAUAAUGAGAAUAUGAAGAUAGGGGGAAUAGAAAGUAAGAUGUCUGUAUUAUUCUUGAUGUCCUUCUCACCGAGGUACAACGGGUGACAGAUCAGUGACUCAUCUGUCUUUGUUGUGAGGAAUGCUGAAUAAUGAAACAUCUUGGGGGUCAUUUUUUGGAUAUGAAAGUAUUAUCGAGAUAUUUCUUUUUCUAAACAGGCAGCUGGACAAGACAUGUUCCAAGAGGUGAAACACAUUGUCUGUUGAGGAUGCUGAUGUAGUCUUUUUCGGGCACAAUCCAAUUAUUUAUGGUUUCAUUGGCUGAUCAGGCGAGAUGUCUGUGUGUGGAAAUUACAUUACAGGCAAAGCUUAUUGAAUAAGCAACAAAUCGUGAGUUUUUGACACUAACAGGAAAACAUAUUUGGAGGAGGACCUGUUUGACCUGCAGGGCUGUUCCUACUUGAUCGUGUGUAAUGUAAGGCAGGCAAAGAUAAUCAAGAGGCAUCGUAACUUUUGUUUCCACAAUUUCUUGAAGUAUUUACCUCCCCAAUUGCUGCUAUUUUCUCAGCGCACUACUGGGUUAUGGAAUUAUGUUUUUUGCACCAAACUUGAAGUUUAUGAGUCUGAUGUCGGGAAAUGGUUUUUCGUACAAUUUAUAGACCUAGGCUUAGAGCAGGUGAUACCGGGCACUGCACAGAUACGCUAUGUUCAUAUGUGAAGAUUCUCUCUGUGUCUUUAAGUUUCUGGGGGCGGGUAUGUUUAUACUUGGGGAAGGUAAUUUAAAUCUUGCAUGAGAGGAGAUUUUACUAUUUAGACAAUUCUUUCUGUGUCUUUAAGUUUCUGGGGGCAGGUAUGUUUAUACUUGGGGAAAGGUCAUUUAAAUCUUGCAUGAGAGGAGAUUUUGCUAUUUAGACAAUUCUUUCUGUGUCUUUAAGUUUCUGGGGGCAGGUAUGUUUAUACUUGGGGAAAGGUCAUUUAAAUCUUGCAUGAGAGGAGAUUUUGCUAUUUAGACAAUUCUUUCUGUGUCUCUAAGUUUCUGGGGGUGGGUAUGUUUAUACUUGAGGAAAGGUCAUUUAAAUCUUGCAUGAGAGGAGAUUUUGCUAUUUAGACAAUUCUUUCUGUGUCUCCAAGUUUCUGGGGGUGGGUAUGUUUAUACUUGAGGAAAGGUCAUUUAAAUCUUGCAUGAGAGAUUUUACUAUUUAGACAAUUUGGCUCUGGGGUUGCAUCGUUUUUCUGUUUUAAAAGUACAUGUGAUUUGGUUUCUGUUUUGUUAGUUUGUGUUUGUGGUCAUAAAUUGAAAGAUUUGCCAUUACCAUUACCAUUGUUAAGCACAUCUCUGUCAUUCCACAUAUUACAGUACACAAUAUAUCUCAGUCCAUGUUAUAACUGUUGACAAAAAAUGUGAUAUCUUGUGAUUUGAUGUGUUUAAAACAUAGUGUAUGUAUUGUUUUCAAAGCUGACCUCAGUAUCAUUGAAAUAGAAGAAUACAUGAACUUUUAA